CCUCCUUAUAAACCACCCAUUCCGUAUCCCCAAAGAUUCAAAAGUUCUAAAACUGCGAGUCAAUUUAGGAAAUUUGUUGAACUUCUAAAGCAACUAAACAUUACGAUACCCUUUACAGAAGCCAUCACACAAAUGCCCUCCUAUGAUAACGAAACAGUUACACUUACUGCAGAGUGUAGCGCAAUAAUCCAAAAUAACAUGCCUCCUAAACUAAAAGACCCAGGUAGUUUUUCCAUACCUUGUGUCAUUGGAAAAUUCGUCAUAGACAAAGCUCUAUGCGAUCUAGGAGCCAGCAUUAGUGUAAUGCCCUUAACCAUCUGUAAAAGGCUUAAUAUGGGAGAAUUAAGACCGACCAAGAUGUCUGUUCAAUUAGCUGACCACUCAAUCAAAUAUCCUGUCGGUAUACUAGAGAAUGUCCCCGUACGUGUAGGACAAUUCUAUAUUCCUACAGACUUCAUAAUCAUGGACAUCAAAGAAGAUGCCAGUACACCUAUCAUACUAGGAAGGCCAUUCUUGGCUACCGCCGGAGCCAUAAUAGACGUAAAGAGAGCUAAGCUGACAUUCAAAGUUGGAGAGGAAAAGGUUGAAUUCAUCUUGACCCAAUUCUUACAAGCGCCAGCUAUAGACGACACC